GCGUAGCUCGUGCUGUCUGCUCAUUGUGCGACUACUGCGAGAGAAAUUUCCGCUUCCUGCACCGAUAAACACCCCCUACCAGCAGCACCAAGUUGGGACAGCGAGAGGACACACGGACGCGCGGAUUUUACCGCCUGCUUUUGGGUUUAAACGGUUUAAACCCCCCCCUACGACUGCCAUGUUUUCACUAUUAAGCGGUGAAUAGCACCAAACGGUUGAAAACUAUCCGUUUCUACGUGACACGGAGCGUUUUACGCAUUACGGGGACAAAAUAAGCCAAACAUAAAAAGGACAACACACACAGAGAAGAAAGGUUACUACGGGUAUUCCUCUUCUUCUUAGCCCCGACUUGAAAGCUUUCUUUCAGCCUCCAGGAUGUCGGAGCGAGGAGGGCUCCCGCGGACUGGGGGCGUCCCUUCGCCCCACAUGCAGCCCUCCAAACCGGUCAGCAUCACCUCCAACCGGCCGGUCCACAUGAACCUAUACGCUACCUGGGAGGUGGACCGGUCCUCACCCAGCUGUGUGCCGAGGCUGUUCAACCUGACUCUGAAGAAGCUGAUCAUGCUGAAGGAGCUGGAUAAAGACCUCACCUCUGUGGUCAUCGCCGUCAAGCUGCAGGGCUCAAAGAGGAUCCUGCGCUCCAACGAGAUCCUGCUGUCCUGCGCAGGCCUGACGGAGACCGACCUGCAGCUCACCUUCUCCCUGCAGUACCCACACUUCCUGAAGAGGGACGCCAACAAGCUUCAGAUCAUGCUGCAGAGACGGAAGAGAUACAAGAACCGAACCAUGCUGGGCUACAAGACCCUCGCUCUGGGUCUCAUCAACAUGGCCGAGGUGAUGCAGCACCCCAGCGAGGGGGCUCAGGUCCUGGGGCUGCACAGCCAGCUGAAGGACGCCUCGGUGCCCGUCGCUGAGAUCAGAGUCUACUCCCUGUCCAGCCAGCCCAUCGACCACGAGGGGCCCAAAGCAAAGAUGUCCGAUCGCUCUCCAGACAUCGACAACUACUCCGAGGAAGAGGAAGAGAGCUACUCGUCAGAACAGGAAGGCAGCGACGACCCCAUCCACGGACAGUAUCUAUUUGACGAAGAGGACGAGGUGAGGAAGAAGAAGCCGAGGCGCAAGCUCCCUUCAAACGCCGCAAUCACCCGACAACCCAACAUUAAGCAGAAGUUUGUCGCCUUGCUGAAAAGGUUUAAAGUCACUGAUGAGGUUGGUUUCGGCCUGGAGCACGUGUCGAGGGAGCAGAUCCAGGAGGUGGAGGAGGACCUGGACGAGCUCUACGACAGUCUGGAGAUGUACAACCCCAGCGACAGCGGGCCGGAGAUGGAGGAGACCGACAGCAUCCUCAGCACGCCCAAACCCAAACUAAGGCCGUUCUUCGAGGGAAUGUCUCAGUCCAGCUCUCAGACGGAGAUCGGCAGCCUGAACAGCAAAGGCAGUUUAGGUCGAGACACUUUCAGCCCGCAGGGGGAGCAGCCUCCUAUAGAGAAGAUGAAAACCUCCCGCAGCCGCAACCUGGAGGAGGCUCUAUCUGAGACUGACACACUGGAGCUAACAGAUCAGGAGCUGUUUGCUGAGGUGGGCCCCUGCAUCACGGUGUCAGUGGCAGAGAAACCCCGUACGCCUCUGAAGAGCAGCAAAAGUGAAACCCAGGCCAUGCCAUCACCAAGGUUGGAUGGAGGCAACACGCCCCGACAGAAGCGCAUCAGCACCCCCAUGAAGGAGAGACAGCUGUCCAAGCCUCUGAGUGAGCGCACCAACAGCUCCGACUCCGAGAGAUCCCCGGAGCUGGGACACAGCACGCCCCUCCUGAGGAAGGUGGUGUACGACCAGCUGAACCAGAUUUUGUUAUCAGACUCCGCUCUCCCCGAAAGCCUGAUACUGGUAAACGGCACCGACUGGCAAGGACAGUAUGUUGCAGAGCAGCUACAGGUACAGAGACACCCGGUGGUCUGCACGUGUUCCUCCGCCGAAAUCCAGGCGGUGCUGUCGGCCGUGCUCACCCGCAUCCAGAAAUUCUGUAACUGUAACUCGUCCAUGGCCCAGGGCGGUGAGGUGGCGGCGGUGGGCAGCCAGAGUUACCUGGGAGCAAUCCUGCAGUUCUUUGUCACUCAGCUCGCCAACAAGACCUCCGAUUGGCUCAACCACAUGCGCUUCCUGGUCGUGCCUCUGGGCUCACACCCGGUUGCUAAGCACCUCGGCGCCCUUGACAACCGCUACAGCUCCUCCUUCCUGGACGGGGCGUGGAGAGACGUGUUCAGCCGCUCUGAGCCCCCACAGACAGAUCAGCUGGAUGUAGCGGCAAGAAUCUCGCAGUACAUCAGCGGAGCCACGGUCACACACCAGCUGCCCAUCGCUGAGGCCAUGCUCACCUGCAAACACAGGACGCGAGAUGAAGACUCCUACCAGAAGUUUAUUCCCUUCAUAGGGGUGGUUAAAGUUGGUCUUAUCGAGUCGGGUCCUUCUCCAACAGGAGAUACAGAAGAGGGCAUGUCAGUGAGCUUGGCCGUCCCCUCCACGUCUCCCCCCUCCCACGGCUCCCCCACGGGGAUUAAAGAGGCGGCCACACCCCCCUCCUCCCCCUCCAUGGGCAGCGUCCUGACAGUACAAGGGAGUCCCAGCAUGUCAUACGGCGUGGACGCCAUCGGCCUGCAGGUGGACUACUGGCUGGCGUCUCUGGCGGAGAAGCGGCGGGAGGGCGAGAGGCGCGACACGGGCGGCAAGAACACGCUGAAGAGCGCCUUCCGCUCGCUGCAGGUCAGCAGGCUACCGGGGGAGGGCAGCAACGACACGCAGGCCCCAGGUCAGCACCAUGGCCAUGACCGUGGUCACCAGGAGAAGAACAAGAAAGUUCCCACCAUCUUCCUGGGGAAGAAGCCAAAGGAGAAGGACGUAGACUCAAAGAGCCAGGUCAUCGAAGGCAUCAGCCGACUCAUCUGCUCCGCCAAGCAGCAACAGACCUUCCUCCAAGUGGCAAUAGACGGCGUGGAGUGGAACGACGUGAAGUUCUUCCAGCUCGCCGCUCAGUGGCCCACUCCACGUCAACAUUUUCCUGUCGGACUUUACGGCUACAGCAAGCCCCCCUCCUAGGGGUGAGCGCCAGCCGACUCCUCUGACCCUGACUUGAACCUUCGACUCUCCUGGAUCCCGUAACACGGACGCGCAAAGACCCCGCCUCAGACCAGAGAGAAGACCGCGAGUGGCUCGGACAAUUUUUCUUUCUUUAGUU